GUUCAUCACUCUCCUUCACCGUUUCCCAUCUUCUACAUACUAAAGCCGUUCUUGUCACUCUUUCAUCUCUACUUUCUUAACAUCAAGAUGUCUACCCCAGCUCAGACAAACGCUCAUAACAACGGUCCUAUUGACCAUAACGACCUGAACGAGUGGAAGGACCGCUUCAACGAUGUCCUCGCCCGUCCCAGCGAGCAUGUCAACUCCAAGUCGCCCGAGUCUUCUCAGCCUUGGCAGAACAGCUUCUUCGGUUGCUUUAGCCCCAUCAGCCUUUGCGCCAUCACCUGCUGCGUUCCUUGCGUGACCUUUGGCAAGACACAUCACCGUCUCCGAAAGAACGGCAACCUUCAAGGAUACGAGCCCAUCAACACCUCUUGCCUGCUCUUCUGGGGUUCUACCUGCUUCGGUCUUCACUGGAUCCCUCUCGCUCUCCAGCGCGCCAACCUCCGUGAGAAGUAUAACCUCCAGGGCAGCUGUCUCGUCGACCUCGCCACUGCAUGCUGCUGUGGUUGCUGCGAUCUCAUCCAGCAGGACAAGGAGGCCGAAUAUCGUGAGGCUCACACAUCUGCUCCUGCCGAGGGCUACAAGGCCAACGAGGGCAUGACUGUCCCCGCCUAAGGGAUGUCAAACCUUCGCGCCAUAUGCCGCCCUGGAAAACACAAAAUCUUUUCGCGUUCUUCAUCGCACCAUCGAUACCCCAUCAUGAUUGACUAGAGGAUUGGUAGCCUGUGCUGGCUUUAAGUAAUGCAUGGAUCAAACUUCUCAAUGUCAUGUAAUUAGAAUGUUACCUCGAAUAAUAUUUGCU